ACCCCCGUCUCUCUCUUUUUCUCGCUCUCUCUUUGUUCCCGUACAACGAUGGGGAUUUUCUGCCCAACUGGCAACUCUAUUUGUUUGCAAGAUAUAAAUUUUAUAUAAAAUAAUGUUUUCACUUGUGGGGGCCAGGACCUUUGAUAACUGGACAUGCAAAUUACUUGAGAUAUGAAUCACAGUCUCCUGUACAAUGAUAAACUUCAAGGCUGGACUUCAUUUUAUUCUUUUUUUCUUCUUCAGUGGUCUGUGCUCAGUAGAGACUGAAGUGAAGACAGUGAGCAAGAAAGAGGGAGAGACCGUCAGUCUACACUCUCAUCUUACUGGAGAACAGACUAGCCCUCACAUAAUAUGGUUAUUUUAUACUGGUAGUUCUAAAAAAAUAAUAGCUCAGCUGAACAGAGGAGAGUUUGCAUCAAACUAUAGCGAGAGAUUUAGAGACAGGCUGCAGCUGGACAGACAGACUUGGUCUCUCAACUUCAGCAACCUCAACAGCAAAGACACUGGAGUUUACAGCAUACAGACCAUCACCAAUGUAAAAAUUACAGAGCUGAAGUUUUACUUAAUAGUAUACUCUCCAGUGCCUAAACCUGUCAUCAGUCACAUCACUCUGAGGCACUCAGUCAGUCGCUCAUUGCCCAGUGCAGUGUGCAGAAAGAGCUGCUCAGUGCUGUGUUCUGUGAGGAAUGAGAGAGAGGUCGUCCUGUCCUGGCAGAAGGAGGGGGAGACACUAAACAGCACCAGCAGCCCUGAUCUCAACAGCACCCUGUCUCUCCCUCUGGAGACAGAAGACUGCAGUGCGGCCUACACCUGUGUGGCUGAAAACCCAGUCAGUAACCAGACUGUCCCACUCAACACUGAGGAGCUCUGUCCUAUGAGCUCAGAUUUAAGCAAAACAAGGAAUUACAUAUUAACGGCAGUGCUGAUACCAGUGGUGGUGAUAGUAGUAAUUGCAUGUGUUGGAUUCAUUAUAAAAAAUCAGAAGAGUAAAGAACUGGAAAACACAGGCAAGUAUGUUACUGUAAGACAGACUGGCAUCUUGCGUGGAGUUUGGCAUUACAGGAUAUAAUUGUGUGUGUGUGUGUCUAUGUGUGUCUGUGUGUUUACAUAUCUAUGAUAAUUUAAUGUGUUUGAAUGGAUUAUCAUUGGAAUUCCUUUUCUGUGAUGACAUAAACCGAGACAGUGUAAGUAUCACAGAUGGGGAAUUUGUACAGCUCUCUGUAGUAUAAUAGUGCUGUAAUGUAGUUUAACAUAUUUGUAUAGGACAGUGGUGAACAGCAGCAUUGCCAUAUUAAACAGGGAGCUGCAGUGUUGGGUUUAAAAGAUAAUGU